AUGCAAGCUGCAUUGGCAGCCAUGGCUGCCCACACUAUUCUCUCAUUCCAAGCUCCUCUCUUUUCUUCCUUCUCACUCCCACCCCCUCCUCAAUCCAUAGCCAUUCCCUCCACUUCCAAGAAAGCUGUUGCACUCCUCAAGGGAAGUUCCUCCGUCCAAGGCAUUGUCACACUAAUCCAACAAGACAACGGUCCAACAACUGUUUAUGUUCGUGUUUCUGGUCUUGUUCCCGGGCCUCAUGGUUUUCACCUCCAUGAGUAUGGUGAUUUAACAAACGGGUGCAUAUCAACUGGGCCACAUUUCAAUCCUAAUAAACUCACACAUGGUGCUCCGGAGGAUAAAAUUCGCCAUGCGGGUGACCUGGGAAACAUAGUUGCUAAUGCCGAUGGAGUCGCAGAAGCAACAAUUGUGGACAAUCAGAUACCACUAGUUGGACCCAAUUCAGUAGUUGGAAGAGCCUUAGUGGUUCAUGAGCUUGAGGAUGACCUCGGAAAGGGUGGGCAGGAACUUAGUUUGAGCACAGGAAAUGCUGGGGCGAGAUUGGCAUGUGGUGUGGUUGGUUUAACUCCAGUGUAA